AUGGAGGAGAGCGCAGAGGCUGCUAGCGCUCAGCUGGCCCCCGCACCUGCUGAUGCGCCUGGCGAUAGUGAUCAAGGCUGGAGCCGACAAGCGGCGGCAUCUGCAGCUGGACCAGGCAUCAACAACGCCAUCGCCGGUGGGAAUAGCUGCAGCUGCAGCAACAACAACAUCAGCAGCGGCAACAAUUCACUCGACAACGACAGCAGAAGAAUCAACGUUGACAGCACUGGAAUCACCGCUGACGGCGGCGACAUCGUCACUACCAACAGCGCCGGAGCUCCUGGAUCCGCGGCUGCACCAGAUCCUGCAUCUACAUCUGCACCCGCAUCUACUGCUAUUAUUGCAUCUGGACCAUCGCCGUCGCCCGCUGCCCAGCCCGGAUCUGCACCAGGCCGCAGCCUUGCAUCCCCUGCAUCGUCCCCCGGAUCCUCUCCUCGAUCCUCGCCCGGCUCUUCUGCAUCUGCCUCUGCAUCGCCAUCGGCGGCUGUUACUCCCGGCUCUGCUGAGUCUGAACCCGCCUCGACUCCGGCGCCGGGCUUCAAGCUUCGUCCGCCGUCCAUUGCGCUGCCUCCUUUUGUCGCCCCGUCGUCGUAUCUCUUCAACGCUGGCGCCAUGGCUGAUGUGCCCGAUCCCAAGCCUCUGAGUCCCCUGGAUAAGGAGCAGCGACAAGGCUUGAAAGCUAUCCGGGACUUCCUCCGCAAGCGUACCAGCUACGAUGUGCUCCCCCUAUCCUUCCGCCUCAUUGUGCUCGACACGGAUCUGCUCAUUAAGAAGAGUCUCAAUAUCCUGAUCCAGAACUCCAUUGUGUCUGCCCCUCUAUGGAAUUCGCACAGUUCGCGCUUCGCCGGCAUCCUGACGGCGACCGACUACAUCAAUGUGAUCCAGUAUCACUGCCAGUUCCCCGAUGAGAUGAGCAAGCUGGAUCAGUUCCGCCUGGCCAGUUUGCGAGACAUCGAAAAAGCCAUUGGGGCGACUCCCAUCGAAUCCGUCUCCGUCCAUCCUUCAAGACCCCUUUACGAAGCACUUCGACGCAUGCUCAAGACUCGUGCGCGAAGGAUCCCCCUCGUCGACGUCGAUGAAGAGACUGGUAGAGAGACCGUCAUCUCCGUCAUCACGCAGUAUCGAAUACUCAAGUUUAUCGCUGUCAACAACGAACACAAUACAAUCUUGCUAAAGAAGACGCUUCGCGAGAUCCAGCUGGGCACCUACACCGACCUGCUCGUUGCGCGCAUGGGAACCACCGUCCUCGAAGUUAUCAACCUCAUGGUCAAUGGCAACAUCAGCUGCGUGCCCAUUGUCGAUUCCGAAAACAGAGUUCUCAAUGCCUUUGAAGCCGUGGACAUUAUUCCUUGCAUCAAGGGCGGAGCCUACGACGAGUUAAACGGCAGCGUGGGCGAGGCCCUGUGCAAGCGGCCCGAAGACAACCCGGGCAUCUUCACAUGCAGUCAAGACGACAGGCUGGACUCCAUCUUCGACACGAUCCGCAAGAGCCGCGUCCACCGGUUGAUUGUGGUCGAUGACGAGAAUAAGCUCAAAGGGGUGAUUUCGCUCUCCGACAUUCUCAAGUACGUGCUGCUUCACGACGAAGAAGAUAUUCCCGAGUAA